AUGAAAGAUAACAUCAAGAAAAAUCUUAUUAUUAAAAUUAUUACAUUCAUUUUUUUUACUUGGAUAUAUCAGAAAUAUGAUGAUGAGGUUUCAUUUGGUAAGGGAUUGGAAAAUAUCUGCAAUAGCAAGAAUUCCUUAUAUAUAGCAGCAUAUAGGUUAUUGGCAGAACGUGAUUUAAAAAAGGGAAUAUACGACAAGAAAUUAGAGGAUAAUUUAUUAAAACAUAGGGAUAAUGGAAUAUUAAAAAUUGAUAAUUAUGACUCGUUUGUAUAUGAGAAGUUACAAAAAAGUUGUUCAAAUGAUUUGAAAAUUUAUAAAAAGCAAUUUAAGUCUAAAUAUGCUAAAAGGAAAGGUUUAAAAAAAUUAGAUUGUUAUUGUGAAAAAAAAAUAUUUGACAUGAUUGAUAUAUUAGGUGAACAUCCAGUUGGAACUAGUAGUUAUAACAUAAAAUUAAAAAAAAAUAUAGUUAGAAAAUGGGGUUUACGAAUUAUUGGAAUGUGUUUAAUUCCAUUGCUUGGAAUAGUAUUACCAAUUUUUGAUAUAAUUGAGUCAUCAACUAAAUUAGGGAGUAAUAAUAAAACCCAGAGCAUAUUGAAUGCAUGUGGGAUACCUAAAACAGUGUAUAUCAUAUAUGGUAUUUUUUUUAUAAUAUUAACAUAUAUAAUUUUAUUUUCGAUCAUUUACACUAUGACAAAAGUUAUAAAAUAUCAUAGAUUAGAAGCUGGAAGGGGGAAAUUGCAUUUUAGGGAAUAUUAUCAUUUUUGUAAAGAUAU